UCAUAACUCACCUCAUGUAGUAUAAUAUUAAUACUCUUCUCAUCCACGUUUCAAAUCACAGAAACGACAAUGGCAGAAGAAAAAACCAAAACCACACGCACCAAACCGUUUCUUCCAUGGAAAACCCGCAUUUCACUCUCCUUUCUCUCCGCCUUAACCGACGCCUCACGCCGCUCUAACGGCACCGUCAACCGCCGUCUCCUCAACCUCCUCGAUCGAAAGUCCCAGCCCAACGCCACCCCCGUUAACGGCGUCUCCACCAAGGACGUCACCGUCGACGCCGCGCGCAACCUCUGGUUCCGCCUCUUUAUCCCUACCUCCGCCACCGACACCGCCUCGCUCCCUGUUCUCGUGUUCUUCCACGGCGGCGGGUUUACCUACCUCUCCCCUGCUUCAUUCGCCUACGACGCCGUCUGCCGCCGAUUCUGCCGCCGUGUCCCUGCUAUCGUCGUCUCCGUGAACUACCGUCUCUGCCCGGAGCACCGGUUCCCUUCGCAGUACGACGACGGCGAGGCUAUCCUGAAGUUUCUCGACGAGAAUCGCGCUGUUCUGCCGGAAAAUGCUGAUCUCAGCAAAUGCUUCCUCGCCGGAGAUAGCGCGGGCGCCAAUUUGGCACACCACGUGGCGGUUCGGGUCUGCCGGGCGGGGCUCCGGGAAGUUCGGGUCCUCGGGUUGGUUUCGAUCCAGCCGUUCUUCGGUGGAGAAGAGCGGACGGAGGCGGAGAUCAAGCUCGAGGGGUCGCCGCUUAUAUCGGUGGUGAGGACGGAUUGGAUGUGGAAGGUGUUCUUGCCGGACGGGGCGGAUCGCGAUCACGGUGCGGCCAAUGUGAGCGGCCCGAACGCCGAGGAUUUGUCGGGUCUGGAUUACCCGGAUACCCUUGUGUUUGUGGGUGAGUUUGACCCGUUAAAGGAUUGGCAGAAGAGGUACUAUGAUUGGUUGAGGAAAUCAGGGAAAGAAGCUCAGCUGAUUGAGUAUCCAAACAUGAUUCAUGCAUUCUAUGUGUUCCCUGAAUUGUCUGAGUCUUCUCAAUUGAUUUCAGAAGUAAAGGAUUUCAUCAACAAGAGAAUCUCCAAUUCAAAAUGAUUGUGGGUUUGAGGGUUUAUAAUGCAUUCAUAGUUGUGGUGGUUAGUAGUGGUGUGAUAAUAAUACUACUAGAGACUUUUCAAAAAAAAAAAAAUAAUUAUAAUACUAGAGCCAUGCAAUGCUAUAUAGUGCAUCUUUAGAAGACUCAACAUUGCAAAUUUAUGAAGCAUAUAGUUGUUUAUUAUGUUGUUUUGGCUCUUUGGUUAACUAGUAAUAUAAUAUGAGUGUCUUCGUUCC